ACUAAAUCAACUAUAAACAAAAAACUCAAGUUACUUCAAAAGUGUAUAUACGACAAUUUAAUUGAUAAAAUUAAGGAAUUAGAUAUAGAGAAAGACACUAUCGAAAGGAUAGAAAGUGUGCUAAAUAAACCCAAAAGAAAACCACCUUUUACUCCCUUGGAGAAGCAGUGUGGAAAAUUGACAAAGAAAGGAGAAAGGUGCAGAAUAGCCGUGUGUUAUAAGAAAACGUGUUGGGUGCAUUUAACCCCAAAAGAAAUAGAAGAAUAUAGGGAGUUAAAUAAAAGCAUAUUGAUUUUGAUUUGA